GCUUCUAGCCCCGGAUGCAUGAACCAAGUACAUACGUGAGGGAAUUGCAUAUAUACCUGCGAUUGCCAUCUCCAUCGUGGUCGGGCUUUCAUCCAUAGAAAGCAGAACGAUAAUACACUUAACCAACACAAUAAUGGAGACCGUCACCAAAGCCGUCCGCGACACCGUCGGCGCCCUUACCGGGUCCCAGACCGAUUCGAAGCCGCAACAGCAAAGCGCAGGCGUUGCCAAGUCAAAGAUCACUAAGAACGACUGGAUCCUCCUUACAGGAGCAUCUGGCUUCGUUGCCGGACAUGUUCUGGUUGCCCUUUUGAAGGCCGGUUACAAAGUAAAAUGCACCGUACGUUCAAACGAGAAGGCCACCAAGAUCCGGAGUCUGUACCGGCAAUACGCAUCGGCUCUCGAUUUCGUGAUCGUCAAGGAUAUUGCGGAGACAGGAGCCUUCGACGAAGCGGUCAAGGGAGUCACGGGAGUUAUCCACACUGCAUCACCAUUCGUGAUGGAAAACACCGGCGACAACCGCAAGACACUUCUGGAGCCCGCGAUCCAGGGAACACUCAACAUCCUCAAUUCCAUCAAGACAUACAACCCCGACGUAUCCCGCGUUGUCGUCACCUCCUCUUUCGCCUCUGUGCUCGACCUCUCGAAGGGUGACUGGGUUGGUCACACCUACACCGAGCGCGACUGGAACCCGGUGACCUACGACGAGGCCGCGUUCGCCGACGGUGCAUUUGCCUACUGCGCCUCCAAGUCUCUGGCAGAGAAGGCUGCGUGGAACUUCGUCAAGGACCCGUCGCACGGCAACUUCUCGCUGGCGACCAUCUGCCCACCCAUGGUGUACGGCCCCGUCGACACCGAAACAAUGAGCCUCUCCGCGCUCAACACCAGCACCGCCGACAUCUACCGUCUCAUGAACGGCAGCGAAAAGAAGGUGCCGAACACGCUGUUCUACGCGUGGGUGGACGUGCGCGACGUGGCUAUGGCGCACGUUCGCGCCCUCGAGGCUGCUCCCAAGCCCAACGGCGUGGAGGACCGCUUCCUCACCACCCCGGGAGUGUUCUCGUACAAGGAGAUCUGCGAGAUCAUCGCCAGGCGGUUCCCUCACCUGGUGGAGGCUGGCCUCACCCCCGACCCUAAGGAGGCGGACGAGGUCCCACCCCACUACAACGUUGACGGCUCGAAGUCGGUGCUCGAGCUGCAGCUGGCAUACAAAUCGCUGGAGACCUCUAUGGUCGACACCGUCGAGUCGUUGUUGAAGCUGGAGAAGCAGGAGGGAAAGGCGCAGGCGAACGUGACGGUAUAAUUAUAUGUAAUGGCGUAGAGGUUUUGAGAUAGAGGUAUGAUUACAAACGAGUUCUAAAGACUUAUUUCGG